GCUGGGGAGAAACGACGGGGAGGAAGAAGGAUCGGACAAAGACUCGUUUAUCGAGGGGACCCUCGUGGGGAAGGAAGUGUUAUCUGCAGAUGCCUACAACUGUUGGUGGUAGAAGAAGGAGUUCCCUGCAAAUGUGGUCUUGACAAGCAGGACUUGGAGCAUCUCUCCAUAAAACAGGAACCAGAGGAUCUGUGGUCCAAUCAGGAUAAGUGAUGGAAGAUGGAAUGACGACAGGGCACAUAGGUCAGGUGUAAACAGUGACGUGGAGUGUAACACUGCCAGAAAAUCCCUCAGCUGCUCUGAAUGUGGUCAAGAGUUUCACCACCAACGAUCUCUCUAUAGACAUUUAACAAAGAAACCUUUAUAUAAACCAUACAAGAUGUUUUAAAGUGAUGCAAAAUGUAAACUUGCAGGAAAGUGUCGACACAUGUAAAAGCUGUUAAAUUUAAUGUUUAUGUCAACAUCAACAAUCUGUGGUAAAAUGACUGAAUGUGGACAAAGAUUUAGUCAAAAGACAAACUUAAAGCUACACAUGAGAAUCCACACAGGAGACAAACCAUUCAGCUGUGAUGAAUGUGGACAAAGAUUUAGUCGCAAGACAAACUUAAACCGACACAUGAGAAUCCACACAGGAGACAAACCAUUCAACUGUGAUGAAUGUGGACAACGAUUUAGUCAAAAGACAAACUUAAACCAACACAUGAGAAUCCACACAGGAGACAAACCAUUCAGCUGUGAUGAAUGUGGACAACGAUUUAGUCAAAAGACACACUUAAACCAACACAUGAGAAUCCACACAGUAGACAAACCAUUCAGGUGUGAUGAAUGUGGACAAAGAUUUAGUCAACAGCCACACUUAAACAGACACAUGAGAAUCCACACAGGAGACAAACCAUUCAGCUGUGAUGAAUGUGGACAACGAUUUAGUCAAAAGACAAACUUAAACCAACACAUGAGAAUCCACACAGGAGACAAACCAUUCAGCUGUGAUGAAUGUGGACAACGAUUUAGUCAAAAGACACACUUAAACCAACACAUGAGAAUUCACACAGGAGACAAACCAUUCAGCUGUGAUGAAUGUGGACAAAGAUUUAGUCGACAGACACACUUAAACCAACACAUUAGAAUUCACACAGGAGACAAACCAUUCAGCUGUAAUGAAUGUGGACAAAGAUUUGUUGGAAAGGGGGACUUAAACAGACACAUGAGAAUCCACACAGGAGACAAACCAUUCAGCUGUGAUGAAUGUGGACAAAGAUUUAGUCAACAGCCACACUUAAACACACACAUGAGAAUUCACACAGGAGACAAACCAUUCAGCUGUGAUGAAUGUGGACAAAGAUUUAGUCAAAAGACAAGCUUAAACCAACACAUGAGAAUUCACACAGGAGACAAACCAUUCAGCUGUGAUGAAUGUGGACAACGAUAUAGUCACAAGUCAAGCUUAAAUCAACACAUGAGAAUCCACACAGGAGACAAACCAUUCAGCUGUGAUGAAUGUGGACAAAGAUUUAGUCGCAAGACAAACUUAAACACACACAUGAGAAUCCACACAGGACAGAGACCGUUUCCUUGUGAGGUUUGUGGUGAAUUAUUUAGAUGGCGUGUCUCUUUAAAAGGACACAUGCGUGUCCACACAAAAUAGAAACGACGAAAGUGCAAAAUUUUGCUACUAAUAUGUAAACAAUGUUGUUUACAGUGUAAAUAUGAGCUGGUUAGAGGAACUUCAAGGGGGUAUUCUACGGUGGUUAUACACUGUGGUGUCUCUUCAGUACCCACCAUUGACCUUGACUUGAACAUUACCUGGUCAUGCCUAGGGCAAAAUGUGCCUCAUCAGAUUUUGUUGUCUUUUUUUAGUAGUUGAAAUCUGUUGUUCAUUCAUUCAUUGCCCAUUGGUACCUUCACAAAUUUGUCCAUAUUUUGCUAGCAGCUAAGAUCCUAAUCUCGAUGAGCUCGCAAGACAGGUGAAGAGUUGUUAUGAUGCAAAAACACAAAUUAAUAACUUAGAUCCUUACAAGCUGAAUGAUGAAUGACGUUCAGGUUUAGGUGUUUCCACCUGUUCAGUCUCAGACAUUUGUGUUUAUCUGGUGUUUGGACGUUCUGUCAAGAAUUUAAAAAUUACUGAUGAUUAAAUGCUCCUGCAGCCAUUUUACAAAGGGAAGGAAGAGGACCGAGUCUAGAAACAUUUGGCUGCAACAACAUCGCCUCUCGCCUGACUAACUUGGAUAGGCUCUAGCCCCACAAACUGGUAUAGAACAUGGAUGGCAGUAUGGGCGAUAUAAUGUGUUGUUGUUCACCUGAGGGUUGUAUUUACUUAUAAGCCUGGUACACACAUAACAAUAUUUGGGCUGUUUUUGUCCUGAUUUUGCCUCUUCCCAACCUUGGAUGGCAAACGCCCGAUCAUCGUGUGAUUUCCCUGUCCAGUCAUAAUAUGGUCUGUGGUGUGUUAUGAGCCGAUUUGUCCCGAUAAUCUGCUCCGAUAUGGGUCAUAGCCGACAGUUGGGAACAUUGAACACGUUUAAUAUUUCAGUGCAGAUUUCUGAAGAACACCGCCGACUCGUGCAUUGUGACUGUGUGGGGGGUGACGUGGCACGGAAUGUGGCCAAUCAGAGCGAGCAGGCUGGGGAACAAGGAAGUAAACAAAGUCCUUGAUCACGCCGUCUCCAGUCUGAUAUUUUUUUUACUUCUGCCUUUUUCUGUUAACAAUGGUCCCAAGACCUCCAUCAUUCUCCCGUCCUAUAUAUUCCCUUCUUUCCGAUUGUUACCAUGUUUCUUCUUCUUUGCUUUGUGCCAUUUGUUGCCAUGCUUCUUUUUCUACGUUUUUUGCUGGUUGUUGAUGUUGUUCUUCUACAUUUUUUGCCGGUUAUUGAUGUGGUUCUUCUACGUUUU